AUGCCUAGAAGAAAUAGAAAAAAAAGACAAUCGCGAUGUGAUAAUCGGUCUAGUGAUACGAGUGAGACUUCAAGCUCUAGUAGCUUGUCGGUGUCGAGUGAUGGAAAAUACGGAAGCUCACGUCGUUAUCCUAAAGUUAAAAAGAAAAGCAAAACACGCAGUUAUACGCCUCCUGCCCUGCCGGGACUCAAAACCCCAGCAAUAGAGGAUGCAGCAGCAAUAAUGCUCAACGACAACAUUCAACCAAAUGAAAAUAACAACGUCGAUAUGGAACUCAACAAAUUAAAGCAAGCAGUAGAAACAGUAAACAAGGAAAUAUUGAAACCGGACAAAAUAAAGAGAAAAUCUUGGAUGACGACAGAAAUAUUAAACUUGAUGGAAGAAAGAAGACAAAAUAAAGGAAAUCCAAUGGAAUAUAAACGUAUAGAAUGCAUUAUAAAACAGGAAAUAAAGAAAGCGAAAGAAAAAGAACUACAAGAAAAAUGUCGCGAGAUCGAAAAUCAUCAAAACAUGCACGAUGACUUCAAUGUUCACAGGAAAGUCCGAGAAGUAAUAAGGAGAGGCCACAAAAACAACUGUAAACCUUUGGUCAACGAAGCAGGAGAAAUUAUCAUUGACGCGGAGAAAAAGAAGGAGGGCUGGAAAACAUAUCUAGAGAAUCUAUUCCAUGAUAUCCGCAAAUAA